GCUUUGCAAAGCGGCUGCAGCCGAGGAGUGCGCGCCAAGCGCAGGAGCGACUCUUUGGGUGUCUUCCGAAGGGGGCGCGGGGCGUUUUUUUUCCGCGUGCGUGGAAGACAAAAGAACCUCGGCGUCCUCGGGCGAAAAGCGGGGAACGGGCGAGGUGACUCCCCUUCGCUUUCCAUGGCUGCGGCACAGCGAGCGGGCUGCGUCUCCUACAAAAUCUUCCUUUUCGCUCUGCUGGAGGUGGGUGCCGCAGUGGGCUACGUUUAGUGGGUGGGUGGAUCGGGGGGGGUUGCUUUUCCGUUUCGGGGCUGAUCGGUGGCUGGGAUCGUCUUUUAUUUCCUUUUUUUGCCUUCCUUGCUAGCAUAGCUUCGCGCCGCUUGCGAACCGGCCUCUGGUUUGCCCCGCAGCCGAUCGGAGUGGGUCCGUCUGCGGCUCUGGAAAAAAAAAAAGGCUUUUCUGUUUGAAUGUCACCCUUUGUGGGGGCCUCUACUUGCAGACCUUUCUUCUCUCUCGCACGCACACCCCUCCCUCCCUGCCGCCCUCCUUCUCUGCCGUUUGCUGUGAUUUUAAGCACGUUUCUUGUAGCCUGUUCACAGUAUCCCUAAAUGAUCCGGAUCUAAAUUAGAUGGGUGUGUGUGUGAAUUUCAGUGGGUCCUACUCUCCGAGCUUAGUUGAAUACAGCCCCUGAGAUUUAGCUCUCCUUAUCUACUGGGGUUUGCUGAGUCUUGCCUUCUUAGAUCUUAAGACCAGUGGUAACUGGUAACCAUUAGGGCUUCCAAGGCAGGGAGACCAGCAGGCAGAGGCAGAUGAAAGCAGACUCAUCUGUCCUGAUGAGGACAAAGUGAGAAAGAUGUAUACAUUGAAUCAGAUCAGAAUCUCCGUUCUGACAGAGCCGAGUGGUCCAGAAAUCAUGUUGGAAGGGCUUCAAGUUCUCUUGGUCUAAAUCAAGGGUAGGGGAAUCUGUGGUCCUCCCAGAUGUUGGGACUACAACUCCCAUCUGUCUUGUCCGUGGGCAAUGCUGACUGGGGCUGAUGGGAGUUGUAGUUCAGUAACAGCUAGAGGGCCACCCCAGCCUAUGAACGGGAUUUGCACGUAGACAGGUCUGCUGCUGGAGCCGCACCCCUCUUCCAAAUAUGCACGAAUCAAAAGGCAUUUUCAUUUGUGUUGUUCCAAGCAGUUACUGAAUUGGUUUGGUUUUUGCAUCAUCUGCCUAUUUCUUUCUUUUUUUCCUUUUGCCAGAAUCCCUCUAAUUUUAUCAGUCUAAUGCUUUACAUGUCAUAAUGUAUACUGAACAUUUCACUUUAAUAGUUAAGGCAUGAUUUUUCCUUUAAAAUGCUGGUUUAAUGAACAGGCUUCCAUGUAAACAGCUUCAUAUUUUCAGCUGUAUACCAUUGCUGAAAAGGAUUCUCGGACAGGGGUGUAGUUGGGUAAUUUUAGACUCUGGGCUUGUUAGCUGGAUAUGUACCCUAAAGUCCUGGCUGUAGGUGGUCCCAGCAGCAACUGACUGGUGAUACAACAUACCUGUUUCCUGCCCUCUCCCAAAAUAACCCUCCCUGUGCAAGAUACUUGGAAGUUUUAGAUUUGGGAAUAUUUGUUUUGCUUUAAAAGAAUUUAUAUAUGUUGCCCUUUCUAGCAAAUGAAUGCAAAAAGAUCAGUGCUGGAUUAGGUCAAUGGCCCACUUAGUGUAGCCUACUGAUCGCCCACUGGCUAAUCAGAAACCCCAAAUGGGUAAUCUGCAAGUGGGACAACAAUGUCCCACUUGUGAUUCCCAGCGACUGGCAUUCAGAGCAUAUGCUGUCUCUGACAAUGGAAGUGGAGCAGAACCAUCGGGGUUAGUAGCCAUUGGAGAAGUUAAACAGGUCAAGGUCUGGUAAGUGGCCGGAUCCUUGAAGUCUCUCAGCCCCACUCACCUCACAGAGUGUUUGUUGUGGGGGAGGAAGGGAGAGGAGAUUGUAAGCCGCUUUGAGACUCCUUAGGGUAGUGAUAAAGCGGGAUAUCAAAUCCAAACUCUGCUUUUAGAUUCCAUGGCAGAAGGAAGCCGGGAUAUAGAUGCAAGAAAAUAAAUCAGUUAAAUAUCAUUGAAGGCACCUUAGUAAAAUUCACUGAAAACGUGUAUACAGUGGUACCUCGGAUUACAUACGCUUCAGGUUACAGACUCCACUAACCCAGAAAUAGUACCUUGGGUUAAGAACUUUGCUUCAGGAUGAGAACAGAAAUCGUGCUCCAGCGGCGCGGCGGCAGCAGGAGGCCCCAUUAGCUAAAGUGGUGCUUCAGGUUAAGAACAGUUUCAGGUUAAGAAUGGACCUCCGGAACGAAUUAAGUACUUAACCCGAGGUACCACUGUACAACUAACAACAGCAAUAAACACAAGAUUCUUUUUUUAAAAAAAAUAAAAUGCUGAUACUGGGGGGGAAAAUGUUCACAAGUGGCAGCAUAUCUGUUCAAAGUAACUUAAGUUUCCAAUAUGCUGGGGGCAAGGUUUGGACAGCUGAAGAAUGGCUUGCCAGGACAUGUGCAAUAAAAUGGAUCAUAAGCUUACUUCUUGGUUGGGUAGCUACAUUGGGUGACUUUGCAAAGUCAAUCAAUAACAAGGUUCAGUGUUUAUGUUUUUGUGUGUAUGUAUUAAUUUCCUUUAUAGCCCACCUUUCAUCCGAGGAGCUCAAAAGUGGCAUAAUUGUUUUUCCCUGCCCCUCCGUUUUAUCCAUGCAGCGAUCCUGUGAGGUUGGUUAGGUUAAGAGACAUGUCACCUGGUGAGCGUCAAGGCUGCAUGGGGAUUUGAACGCUGGUCUCCCAGUCCUUAGUCCAACCACCAUCCUACCCUGGCUCUACACACACACACACACACACACACACACACGGCAAUUUAGGAUACCAAUGCGUGCAUCGGAUAAGACUGUACUCCACUAAAGCUUAUGCCACUAUAAAUUUUCAGGCAAUGCAGGGCUUUGUUUUCGCUGCAACAAGCCCACAACACAGCUACCCCUUGGAAAUUGAAAUCUAAAUGCAGUGGCCUUGCUUGCACACAGUAGCAGGCAGCACCAUGUGCAUCCGCCAGAACAGAUGGGGAGGUGGUAGAUGCCAGUUUUCACUGUGCUGACCUUUGUUCCUUGUAUACCAACAAUGGCUCAAACAGAGGGAGGUCAGGAGAGGGGCACAGCCCCACCAUGCUAUCCGCUACCGCUUGCAUGUCACUCUAAACCAUGGUUUCCUAAACUUGGGUCUCCAGUUGUUUUUGGACUACAGCUCCCAUCAUCCCAGGCCGCUGGUCUUGCUAGCUAGGCAUGAUGGGAGUUGUAGUUUUAAAACAGCUAGAGACCCAGAUUUGGGAAGCCCUGCUCUAAACCAUAGUUAAGCUGAAAGUGACUAGCUUGCUGCCCCCAGGCACAAUGGAGGACACACUCCCUGUCACCAGUAAGCAAGUGUCAAUUCGUAGCAUGUUUAUCAUCUGUAUGUGGAAUAAGGAGGAGUACUGGCUUGUUCUUUGCCUCAGUCAGCAAAACCUCUUUGGCCAGCCUUAGCUUGUUUGUUCAUCUGUGAGACCAUGUAUGGUUUUUUGAACCAACCAUGGUUUAGCUCUGCAUAUGAGCAAAGCUGCUGGACUUACCAGAGAUACGAAAGUUUUAACUGCCUUGCCACUAUAUAUAUAUAUAUAUAUAUAUAUAUAUACACACACACACACACACAGUGGUACCUCAGGUUACAUAUGCUUCAGGUUACAUACUCCGCUAACCCAGAAAUAAUGCUUCAGGUUAAGAACUUUGCUUCAGGAUGAGAACAGAAAUCGUGCUGCGGCGGCAGCAGGAGGCCCCAUUAACUAAAGUGGUGCUUCACGUUAAGAACAGUUUCAGGUUAAGAACGGACCUCCAGAACCAAUUAAGUACUUAACCCGAGGUACCACUGUGUGUGUGUGUGUGUGUAUAGAUAGAUAGAUAGAUAGAUAGAUAUUCACCUCCUUAUUCAUCAGCUGCAAACCUGGGAUUGCAAAAUACUGGUCAUUCUCUUUCAUAAGCAUCCCAUGGGCAUCUUCCUUGCUCUUUGGAUGAGAGAGUGGUAGAGGGAUCUUUUGUUUGAUCCCUUGUUUGUUUGUUGAAGAGUAAGGCAAGUCUUGUGAGAGUGGUGUGUUGUUUUACAGCAAGCAGGGUAGAAACUCAGGGCCAGCGGUUCAUUGUAUCCCUCCAUCCCACUCCCACCGGUCCCUUAGAAGUCUCCCCAGGCCACACCACUUACCAAGGCUUGCUUUGCAUCCCAAGUGUUUUUGCCUAGUUGGGCUAUGCCUCUUGCUUGCCUGGAUAGAUGACAGAGAGGGGUGUGGGAACUUGUGUAGAAACUUGGGUACUGUGCAGAGGCUAUGCUAACAAUUGUUGCCUUGGAAGAAUGUCCCGGAUGGAAUGUGGCUUUCAAGCUGAAAAAGGGUUCCCCGGAUCAGUUUCAGAGCCAUAGAAUUCUGUCCCUGCAGCAUUUAGUUCUAGCUUUCUGUUCUAAAUCCAUUAUUUCUCUUUUCCUUACUUCCAGGCCCUGCCUGCCUUUGCUGAGAUCCACUGCAGUAGCCCACAAGGGUAAGUAAGAACCUGCAUGAGGUGCUUUUCUUUGACGGCAAUGUGUCUCCAUCUGAAAGCUUUAUUUAAAUAAGGAAAGGCCUGGGAGAAAUUUUCUAGUUUGCACCUAACCUUGGCCACACACUCAACCGGGAUUUCGUUUAUCUUCAGUUCCCCAUCUGCGAUGGGGAAAGUAUAAUUGCUUGGCCUGCUUUUGUUUGGUGUUUUUUUGGGAGACCUGUGUCCCUCCAGCUUUCGUUAGGCUGCUGCUGGAAUCAUCCCAUGCUGGCUGGGAAUGGCAGCCAGCAACAUCUGGCAAGCCAGGGGUUCCCUGUCCUCCGUUGCGCAAAAGUUAGAGAGAGAUCAUGUGUGUGAGCUGCAUCAAAAAUCCAAGGCUCGAUGAGUGAUGCCCCAUUUCCUUGUCUUCAUUUUCCAGGUGUACUCAGCAGGGAACCAGUUGGACAAGCCUGUGGUAUGUCUGGUGAGUUCAGAUCAGUUUUCGGCCUUGGCUUUAUUUGUUUCAGGAAGUCGCUGGCAGACAUUGUCUCUCCCUCUCGGCUCCCACUCUGCUCGUUCUGCACAGGCAAAAACACUCAAGGAAGGUGUUGAUCAGGGCCAAUAAGGGGCGUGGCCUGGGGCAACCACAGAGGGCCAGAUUGAAAGGCCUGGAGGGCCACAUCCAGCAGCCCAUCUCCGUCUCCUCUUUCCUCUCUCCUUUGAUACUGGAGAAAGAGAGGCAGCGUGUGUAUUUCGUUUCUGUUUACUUUGUGAUCAUGCCUUGUUCAGAUCCUGACAAUAGCUCCAUUCACUGCCCUGUUUGAAGAGGAAGUUAGCAAAGCAGAAAUGCAACCGGUAGAUAAACAAAUGACCACCUUUCCUGUUGCACAGUCUGAGUGCGUUAUGAAACGAGCAGGUUGUGAUAAAGCCAUUGUGUGACUAAUUUGGAGCAGCUACUUAGGGAUGCUAAAGGAGGGUUUGGAGAUGCUGGAGCCGGGGGCAACAGUUAUACUGUUCUUUAAGCUUGUCGGGUGUGCAGUGGGCCAGGGAUCCAAUUUCACAUCCCGUCCCUUGGCUGCACUUUGGAGCCAGCCCUUUGGUUAAUCAAGCCCCAGAGGUAAGGAACUGGAUCUGGGCAGAAGGCCAGAUCACUAUCUCCCCCACCCUUUGUUGGACAGGUGGGCGGGGCUCCCAACUGGCAGACACGUGACAUCAGGUGACUUCUUUGCCCAGUUCAUCCUUUGCAGAGUGCUUUGCAAGGCUGUCUUUUGAAGCGCUUUGCAAGGUGGCCCUUUGAAAAGGGGUUUUGCUGGCUGGUGUUUGAUGCCUUGGAAAAAGAGGCGUUUUCUCCCUCUGGUUUGUUGUUGCCACAAGCAAGUCUUAAAAGACAGGAAGGCGUUCAAGAGACCUUCUUGUAAUGGGGCUGUUUUUCCGACGCAUACUAGCAUGAGAGGUUUUUUAUCCUCCUAGCCCAGUACUGGGAUGAGGAUGAAAAAUGCUGCUUUAUCUCCCCACAGCAGCACUGCCAUGGGGAGAAAAAAAAUGUCCUCUGGGUCAGAAUGUUUUUGUCUGCAUGUGUGCAUUGGUCAGUACAGUUACCCCACCUGGCAUGUGGCCCUUGGAGGAACUAUCAAGCUUCAGUGUGGCCCUCAGGCCUAAAACUGUUAGCCGAUCUUAACAAAAUCACUCAACGCUUCAGUAAAAAAAUAUAUAUAAAAAAAUAAAAUUUCGCCUGGCACUUAGAAAACCAACCUUGAUGGUGGCAGGGGUGUUUCCCUGGGAGAUUACUUGUAAUGACAACAAGCAGGCGCAAAACUUGGUGCUGCUGGAAGGUUAGUAGGUCAUGUGGUGACCUCUCAACCUUCCUGUUCCCUGGAGGUCUAUGGAAAUCUGACUAAUAAGUAACGAUUAGGGACAGGGAGCCCGUGAUGGUGAGGAUGUGUUACUAGGUGCCUCAGAAAAGGAAAACAAAACAGGGCAGGCUGCAAUCCCACUUGACAAGAAUCCUGGCAUAGUUGGGAAUGAAGUAAUAUUUCCUUCCCCCAGUUGCUCUCAUGGAACAUUUUUGUUAUAAAACUCCCUCACUUUCACAAGCCGACACGUGGAGCCCUUUAGCCAUUGAGAACUUGGCAUAUGAAGGAGCCCUCUGGGCUUAUGCUGUGUCAAACUAUCAUCACUCCUUGCUUGGCCUGUAAUCAACUGAAACUCUCAUUGCAUCAUCCACUCAGUGGCAAAACCAGCUCAGUGGUGAGAAACAGGUAUUUUCUCUCCGCCUACUUCCUGUUUCAUCCCCCCCCCCCCCCAGGAAUCUCUAAAAAAGGCAAAUGGGUCCACAAAUAGCUAAAAACGUUCCCUGGACCAUACUAUUCCAGAGUAGGGAUGGCCAGUCCUAUAACACCCAGGAGUGGUAUUCAGCUAAGUUUUACUCAGAGGAGACCUUAUGACUUUAUUAUAUUUGUUAAGAGGGUUUUUAAAACCAAGUGGGGGGGGGCAGCAAGCAGCGCAGUUUCGGCACCUCUCAAGUGGGCGCCAUUGUUGGUUCCACAGCAGGGAGACAGAGAGAGAGGAUGGUGAGUUCUGGCACCUCCCCAUGCCCCCGAAUAAUAGCCCUGCAUAUGCACACAGUGACCCAUUUCGUGUGCGUGUGUGUUUUCCAUUCCCAGCCCCCAUGUGCAUCAGCAGAACUUGCAUAAGCCCCCCCUGGCCCUGUUCUGCUCUCUUCCAGGUGCAUAAGGACCUGCGCGUCUGCAAUCAUGCAUCAAUUGGACAUUCCUAAGAUGGUUGCUGCCGGUAUAUUAUUAUUAUUAUUAUUAUUAUUAUUAUUAUUUAAAUUUGUGCACUGCCCUUCACCUGAAGCUCACACCCAUUCCCAAUAAAAGAGGCCAAAAUGCCACCACUCUUCAGAUUAAGGGCCAAAAGUCGUGAGUUAUUGAUGCCUACUAGCUACCAUAGCUAUGCCUUGCCUCCACCGUUGGAGACAACAGUGCUUCUGAAUAGGAAUAUCAGUUGCUGGAAAGGACAGGAGAGGAGAGAGCUCUUGUGCUCAAGUCCUCCUUGCAAGGUCUCCCAUUGAAGUGCCCAGCAGGCUCCUAUUACAUUAAUGUCCAUCCUGUGAUUCCAAAAGAGGAGCCACAGCGUUGCAGUUUUAAAACCAGGGAGGCAGGGGACAUGAUGUAAUAACAAGACAGGUCUGCUCUCUGUGAAUUACAGUGGAAAGUACUUAAUUCAUUCUGGAGGUCCGUACUUAACCUGAGACUGUUCUUAACCUGAAGCACCAUUUUAGCUAAUGGGGCCUCCUGCUGCUGCCGCACCGCUGGAGCCCAAUUUCUGUUCUCAUCCUGAAGCAAAGUUCUUAACCUGAAACACUAUUUCUGGGUUAGCAGAGUCUGUAACCUGAAGCGUAUGUAACCUGAGGUACCACAGUAUUGCAAAACAAUCUUGUGAUCUGAUCCUUCAUGGAAAAUUGUUUACCAGUAGUUUUCGUCAUCCAGUGACAUAGUUAUGAAUGGCCAGCUUACGGAUUUAUUGCUCAAUGAUGCUGUGAGAACGUAAAUGUUUUUCUUCUGAGAGAAGCAGGUGGGGGAAAAUCGAACCACAUAUUUUGAGUGCCUUUUGAAGCCUCGCUGAAUGUGGAAAGAGGCCGCCUUCUCUCUGCUCAUCUGAUUGGCAUUCAGCUCUCGUUUCACAUACUUCCUGGGAGUAAUUCGGGGUCUCGAUGGCAUUGGCUGGUUACUUUUCCAACCACCUGCCCUCCUCUAAUGUAGAUUUGCAUCCGGAAAUGUUGGACUGAAACAUUUUUAUGUUUGCCGAUUAUAAACAUGAAAGCAAAUAAACAGUUUCAUUUUUUAAAAAAUAUAUUGAGGCAGUAUACAACGUAGAAGGAAAAAAUUGGCAAAAGGCAUCCAUAAAAACAUAAUAGAAAAUACUUUUUUGUUAAAAAGAGGGUUUUGUUAUUACUUACUUGUUUUAAGUAUUUCUAUACUACCUUUCCCUCCGAGGAGCUCGAGGUAGCAUACAUUGCUCUCUCCCCUCUCAUUUUAUCUGCUCAACAACCCUGUGAGGUAGGGUAGGCUGAGAGACAGUGAGUGUCCCAAGGUUACCCAGUUGGCUUCAUGGCUGAGUGGAGGGAUUUGAAUCCUGGUCUCUCAGCUCCUAGUCUGACACUCCAACACAGUGUUUCUCAAACUUGGGCCCCCAGCUGUUUUUAUAUAUAUAUAUAUAUAUAUAUAUAUAUAUAUAUAUAUAUAUUAAUUUCUUUAUACACCACCCAUCUGGACGGGUUUCCCCGGCCUCUCUAGGUGGUUUCCAGCACUUAUAAAACCCUGACCACAUGUCCUGCUAGCUAAGGAUUAUGGGAGUUGUAACCCGACAACAACUGGGGAGCCCAAGUUUGAGAAAUACUGCUCUAACUGUUGCACCACACUGUCUCGUAGUUGUUAAUACUCAUGAAAGUGUUUGGCGCACUAAGCAUACCCAAUUUCCCUAAGCAGCUUUUGGUAUGCAGCAAUCGGCCACAACGCCAUAUGCCAGUAUCAGAAUGAUUGUCCCACUUGCCAUAUUGUGCUGAGCGUUCAUUCCCUUCUGGGCAGCCCUAGGUGGGGGGCUGCAUGGCAGUGGUGGGUGGGGCCAGAGGCGGAAGUUGGUUGGAGCAACGCAUGUAAAUUUACUUUUGUGCAUUAGGCUAGUUUCUACACCACACAGACAUAUAUACCCAGUCUCUCCUCCAUCCAGACAAGCAAGAGACAUGUUCAGAGUUCAAGGACACAUCCCAGACAGACAGAAACAUUCAAGGAGGAUGCAAAGCAGGCCACUGAGGGGUCGUGGCCUGCGGAGAGUUCCAAGGGCCAAAUAGAGAGACCUGGGAGCCUUAAUUCAGCCCCCAAGCCUGAGGUUCCUUGCCCCUGCUCAGUUCCCUGUGCUUUGACUGCAGCAGAUGUCCUCCUUGCUAAAUAUCAUGGGAGCCUACACUGCAGGGUCCGACGGCUGAUGUGGGGCUCUGCCUCUUUUCCUUCAGGCUCAUCCUGCUCACAGUGUUUCUGCUGCUGCUGUGCGGCAUAGGCGCCAGCUGUGUCCGGUUUUGCUGCCGUAAGAAGAGGCCCCCGAUUCAGACUUUUCCGCCUCACGCCCACGACCUCACCAUCAUCCCCAUGGACCACGACAGCACCGCCCACAGCACCGUCACCUGUGAGUAUUUGGCAAUCCCAAAUUUUGGGAGCCGGUGGGGGGAGUGAGGGAGAAAUCUAUCCUAUCUUGCAGCUGUAAAACAGUGUGGAGAUGGGUUGUUUUCAUCCAUUCAUUCAAUAUGUACACUGGUGGGGGAACCAAAGGUCCAAAAGCAGCCCACCCAAGCCCUAUCCUUUGGCUCUUUCCCUGGGCCCCAAUCCUUGCAGGCCCUACUCUGCUGAGUGCUUUUGCCCAGUUGGAAUGCAACUUUGCACAGCAGGAGGAUCGCCAAACCCCACCUGUCAAUCUUCUGACAUCAUCGAGUAAUGUCAGCAGAGGCAGGCAGGGUUCAAUCCUGCUUGGUGCUGCUUUGCCACAGCGUUCCUUGCAGAGAACCCGCUGGCAAAGCAGACCCCUUCAAGAGAGCAAGAUUGACUUACUUCCCCAUCCGCCGAUGAGCUAAGAGUUCGAAUCUCCUUGGCUGCCACUUUGCCAGUGGGUUCCCUGCAGCGAAUGUGCUGGUGAAGCGGACCUCUCACCCCAUGGGUCAACUUCAGUCACCUGACAUGAUCAGGGCUUUGGGCAAUUUGACAAAUAAGUGGCCUCGCUCAUCAGUCAAAGUUGACCUGUGUAGUGGCGAGAUCAAAGCUCUGACCUGCUGGGCUGAAAAAGGAUCUUCACCCCUAUUGUUUAGGUUAUCUAGGCAAAUAAUAGUACUGCUGUAUUCUGCUUUGGUCAAACCAUACCUGGAGCACUGUGUCCAGUUCUGGGUUCUGGGCACCACAGUUUAAGAAGGAUAUUGACAAGUUGGAACAUUUGCAGAGCAGGGCAACCAAGAUGAUAGAUGGUCUGGAAAUCAAGCCUUAAGAGGAAUGGUUGAGGGAGUUGGGUGUGUUUUGCCUGGAGAAGAGAAGACUGAGAGGCGAUAGGAUAGCCAUCUUCAAUUAUCUGAAGGGUUGCCUCAGGGAAGCCAGCUUGUUUUCUGCUGUGCCAGAGCGUAAGACCCGAACCAGUGGAUUCAAAUUACAAGAAAGGAGAUAGUGACUAAACAGUAGGAGCUGUUUGACAGUGGAAUGGACUCUUUUUCCUUUGAGUUUUUGAAGGAGAGGUUGGAUGGCCAUCUGUCCGGGAUUCUUUAGCUGUUACUCCUGCAUUGCAUGGGGUUGGACUAGAUGACCCUGGAGGGGUGCUCCCUUACAACUCUACAGUUCUUCAUGCACCAUCUUUGCCCUAAAAGGUGUCCUAAAACACCUGAAAUAAGCCCUGUGAAUGGUCCAGGGACCUGCCUUCCCACCAUCCCUUCUGUCAAACAUUUGUUGUGCUGACCUCCUAAAAUGAACACUUUUCUGUGUUUUCUCUUUGCAGCAUACAGUUCUCUGCAGUAUCCUCAGAACCUCCCACUUCCCCUGCCCUUCAGAGAGGUGGAUAGGAGUAUGGCGAGCCCUCCGGCGUACAGCCUGUAUGCUAUUGAAAUGCCGCCAUCUUACGACGAGGCCAUCAAGAUGGCCAAGCCCUGUACUGAGACUCCAGUUGUUGUCCAGAAACUGGACAGCUGCACCUCGGAACAAACAGCCCCUGAGGAACAAAGUCAGCUUCAGACAAUGCCGGAAGCAUCGUCAAAUGACAACCCUGAGACGUCGUCAAAUGACAACCCUGAGACGCCGUCAAACGACAACCCUGAGACGCUGUCAAACGACAACCCUGAGACAUUGUCAAACAACAACCCUGAGGCAGUACAAGGAGGCCCUGGGGUUCCGGAAGCUUCCACAGAUGAGCAGCCGCAACCGUAGCCCAGCCCAGUGGGAAGAACUGUUGGGCAUGAGAAACCUGACCGUGUAUGUACUUGGUUAGCCUGGAGAGAGUCAGAAGAGACCUGUUACACGGAAGGAAUGUCUGCUGCCGGUUGUUAUAACUUUCCAUUGACGUUUCAAGGGUACCGAAGGGAACGGCAGGUUAAAAAUACCGGUCUCUGCAUGCGAGUGUGAAAAAUGAUGCUCUGGACUUAAUAUGGCCGUGGAGACGGGGUGGGGGCGGAGAAGAGCUGCUCUUGAAAGGACACCAUGUGACCAGGCAAGGGGAAAUGGCUGCUGGUUGGGCUUCAACAGAGGCCUGUUCCCCUUGUGGUGAGGUGAAGAAACGAGGCAAAACCGAAUACAGGUCCUUGCUGCCUUCUUCUGAGAAGAUAGAACUAUCCAGCAAAUUGCUGAAGUACUGGGUUCGUUGCUAUGUAACGGCAGACAACCUUUGACUCCGAUGGUUGUUUAAAUGCUCCAUGUUUUAUCUGUAGGUAGAGGGGGGUGCGGGAAAGGGGGGGUGGGGUGGGAAGUUUUGAUAAUACUGGUCUAAUCUGAAAGGCCAAAACCCCUUUCUAAGCGACUGUCCCUAUCCGAAUCUGAAGAGAUUUGUCCAGUUUUGUUCCAAAGAUUCAGUUCCCUCAAAAAAAGAAAUGUCUGGUUUGAAAUGUAAAUAUAUACAUAUACCAUAGUGCUAAUGCGUCCUGUGCAUUUGGGAAUAGUGAAUUGUUGGUGUGUGUGUUUUAAUCAAGGGAGGGGGGUGUUUCUUAAGAAAUACAGGCUGACAAAUUGCCCUGUAAGGAAUGCUUAGUAAACAAGUGAAGACCUGUUUGAGAGGAUCUGUGACAUAUCUUCAUGUAACGAGUGGAAACACGUUUCACUAAGCCCUUUUAAGAAGGGAUAGUCCCCGG